AUGAACCCAAAGAUGAAGCUCAAAAUGUUCGAUAUGGAAGUAUUUGAACAUGUGGCACCCGAGUAUAGGCACAAUAUUAAACGUGGGUCCUAUGCGACCCAAGCAAUUAGAACCAAGAGGGCUAACACUGAACUUCUAAACCUCUUCUCUUCCAAUCAAAACUCCUCUGUUCUUCUCUUUCUUACCUCUUCCUUUCUCUCUUCUUCGCCUUCUACACUUCUCUUUCUCCCACCACCAAAUGCCAUUUCCGAUCUUCUCCAUUUUGAUCCCCUCCAAUCUCCUCUUUUCCUUUACCCUCAAUCUUAUGGCCAACAUAAACACCCAAUUCCCACCAUCAAAUCCUCCUGCAAUUCCCCUGUUUUUUUCUCAGAUUAUUCAUUUGUUGUGGACGAAAUCCGACGAGUUAUUGAGAAUUCUUCCUCGGAUUCCAAUGGCUUGAGGUAUAUACAAGGGAAUGAAAAUGGUGAAAAGUUUGGGAUGAAUUACACUACUCAAACACGACUAUCGUAUUAUGAUCAUCGUGAUGAUGGAAUCGAAAUCCCUUGUGGGUUUCUUAAGAAAUUUCCGAUCAGUGAUUACGAUAGAAUCGCAAUGGAAAGUUGCAACGGAGUGGUGGUGGUUUCCGCCAUUUUUGGAAACCACGACAAAAUCCGUCAACCUCAAGGCCUCGGAUUUAACACCCUGGAUCACGUUUGUUUCUACAUGUUUGUCGACAAUGUCACAAUCAAACAACUCUACUUUCACAACCUACUCUCGAGAAAAACUAAGGAAAACAGGAUCGGAGUAUGGAGAAUUGUAGAAGUUUCCAGUGAAGAACUUUACGAAAAUCCAGCCAUGAAUGGUGUAAUCCCGAAAUACUUGGUUCAUAGACUUUUUCCAAAUUCCAAAUAUAGCAUCUGGGUUGAUGCGAAAAUGCAAUUGGUGGUUGAUCCGUUAUUAUUGCUUCAUUCACUUGUAAUCAUGGAAGAUGUAGAUAUGGCGAUUUCUAAACAUCCUUUAUAUGUGCAUACUAUGGAAGAAGCCAUGGCGACUGCAAGGUGGAAAAAAUGGUGGGAUGUUGAUUCUUUGAAGAUUCAAAUUGAAACGUAUUGUGAAAACGGCUUGCAACCAUGGUCAUCUAAAAAACAUCCAUACACUUCAGAUGUUCCAGAUAGUGCAAUUAUCUUAAGGAAGCAUGGUGUGAGAAACAAUUUAUUUUCAUGUCUUUUAUUUAAUGAGUUAGAAGCAUUUAACCCAAGGGAUCAACUAGCUUUUGCAUUUGUGAGAGACCAAAUGAACCCAAAGAUGAAGAUCAACAUGUUUGAUGUGGAAGUAUUUGAACAUGUGGCAUCCGAGUAUAGGCACAGUAUUAAACGUGGGCCCGAUGUGAUCCAAUCGAUUAGAACCAAGAGGGCUAACCAUGGUUUGCCUGCUAAUGGUGGUAUUCGAACCAAAUGCGACAAGUACUUAGAAAAAAUGUGGGAUGAAUGAUUUCAAGUCGGCUAAUGUCAUGAUUUGUGAUUUAUGAUCGAUUUUUACAUGAAAUGUUCAUAAUGUUUAUCUAUUUGUUGGCUACUUCGAUAUAUAUAUAUAUAUAU